AUGGGCAUAUCGGACGAGGGCAAGCUGCUGGAGGACAUACCCCAUGAGGCACGGCCACCGGCACAGGGUAGUCCACUAGAGCGCAGCGCCAGCACCGGCCACCUGAUGGGCAGCAGCGGCGGCGAUCCGAACAGUCCGCUCUCGGAUCCGCACAGCGACGACGGGGGAGAUGACUUCGCGCCAAAGAGGAAGCAGCGCCGGUACCGGACGACCUUCACCAGCUUCCAGCUCGAGGAGCUCGAGAAGGCGUUCUCGAGGACACACUACCCGGACGUCUUCACGAGGGAAGAGCUAGCGAUGAAAAUAGGGCUCACGGAGGCUCGAAUACAGGUUUGGUUCCAGAAUCGGCGAGCGAAAUGGCGCAAACAGGAAAAGGUCGGACCGCAGGGACACCCGUACAAUCCGUACCUGUCCGGGGCGACCCCGGUCCCGUCGGCCACCGUCGUGGCGCCCUCGUUACCACCGAACCCGUUCAGCCAUCUUGGCUUCAACCUGCGCAAACCGUUCGACGCGGCCAGUCUCGCCGCGUUCCGCUACCCGUCCCUCGGGGCCAGCCACAUGCUGCCGUCGGCCUACUUCAACCAGUUCCACCGGUCCUCACCGUUUUCUUCUUUCGUUGACGAAUUUUGCAGAGCGCCACCGCCGCCCCUGUUGCCACCGGGCGUGAGCCCCCUGUACGCACCGUCGGCCUCCUUCCAGACGCUGCUGGCCAACAUCUCGGCCGCCCAGCGCCACGCGCCACCGCCCGUCGUUCCUUCGAAACCCUCGCCGGGGACGAGUCUGGCCGGACCGGACUAUAUGUCCUCGGCGGCGGCGGCCGCAGCGGCAUCGGCCGCCACCGGCAUGCCCGGCGGGGCCAUUCCCCCUUCGCCGGCCUCUCCGCCCAUCUCGCCGACCGCCCUGCCGCCGGUGGUGCCCGUCCCAGUUCCUCACUCGAUGGCCGGCCCGAUGCCAGGAUCCGGAUCGCCACCGCAGGCGGACCGGCGCAGUUCUUCCAUCGCCGCGUUGCGCCUGAAGGCCCGCGAACACGAGCUACGCCUUGAGAUGCUGCGCCAGAACGGGCACCACAGUGAUAUCCUUAGCUAAGCCCAGAUCGGCCAGUAGCGGGCCGGAUCCGCACAAAGCGC